GCAAGGUGGGGGAGUGAGUGAUGGUGAUCUAUGUACAUGGUUGUUGUUUGUUCUUGUUCAUUGCUUUAUAUCUAAUAAGUGAAAAGAAAAGAGAGAAAGCAACUUGAUGAGAGGGGUUGUUUGUCAUCUAUUGUAUCCGAGUUAACUGCCCUGUUCCUCUUUCCUAGCUCCUGCUUCUUCUCUCUCUCUCUCUCUCUCAAUCAAUUAGAGUUCGAGCUUGAUCCUGUUCUUUUCCUUUUUCACUUCUCUGUAAGUUGAAUCUUCAUAACUAUCUUCACUGUCUAAUCUAAAGCUUUUUUGGCAUAAGAUAAGAAGCAGCCAUAACAGCAAAAAGUAGUCAUGAAUGGUUCUCCUUGCUCUCCAAAACUAGACUCCAAAUUAUCAGAAAUCAAAUCAGAAACUCAGGCAUCCAAAAGAAGUUGUAGGAAGGUGGUUGAGAAGACUGUUGUUACAGUGAGGAUUGGAGAAAAUGCUGGGAAAAUAAAGAAUGAAGGGCCGCCUUCUGAUUUUUGGUCUUGGAGAAAAUAUGGGCAAAAACCUAUUAAAGGAUCUCCAUAUCCAAGGGGGUAUUACAGGUGCAGCACAUCAAAGGGCUGUUCAGCCAAAAAACAAGUGGAGAGAUGCAGAACAGAUGCUUCAGUACUGAUCAUUACUUAUACCUCUACCCACAACCACCCAGGUCCUGAUCUCCUCAACACCAACCUGAACCAACAAAUAAAAGACUCCCAAACACAAUCCACUGAAGAUCAUCCUACAACUCCAAAACGAGAACAACAGGAAAGGGAGAAUCAGAAUCAACAGACUAUGGCUAUCAGCCAUAAAGAUGACAAUGAAAGUCACAAUUUCCACUACUUACAAUCCCCAGUAAAUUGUUCUCAAGAUAUUAUGAUUAGCCAAGAAGACCCUUUCACUGAGAAUCCUGCAGAAAAAACUGCGGGUAUUCUCUUGGAUGAAGAGCCCGUCUCAUGCCCUGCACUGAUGACACUUGCAACGCCCAAAUCAGAAGAAAAUGACUUCUUUGAUGAGCUAGAGGAGCUACCCACAUACUCAGCUUUCACUAGCUUCAUGUGGCGCAAUUUUUACGAUGAAAGGAUUCCUGUUGUCCCUUCUUGAUCGUAGUGUUCUCGAGUCUUGCAGCCUAGAUAAAUGUAACAAUGUUCAUAUAAAGAUAGUAUAAUAUAUACAGCCAAUACUAGCGGUAGUAGUAGCAGUUGUUGUUAUUUGCUGCUUGGUAGAAUGGCAGCUUCUUGUUUUCUUGUUUAUUUUCACCAAAUGACUAAAAAAGUUGCACUA